UGCGGGGCGCGGUGUCCGCAGCGCGGGCGGGCCGUGCCGUGCCGUGCCGGGUGCGGUGCCGCAUUGCCGGGCCGUGCCGUGCCGUGCACCAUGGCGUGGCCGUGCAUCACCCGCGCCUGCUGCAUCGCGCGCUUCUGGAGCCAGCUGGACAAGGCGGACAUCGCGGUGCCGCUCGUCUUCACCAAGUACUCGGAGGCCACCGAGCCCCCGGCCCCGCCGCGCCCCGCCGCCCCCGCCCCUGCCCCUGCCCCUGCCCCCGCCACCCUUGCCCCUGCCCCCGCCAUCGAUGCGCAGCCGGCGCCGGGCGGCGAUGCGGACCCCACUGGGGGCAGUGGCGGGGGUGGCGGGGGCCCGGCGCCGUCCGACUCGGUGAUGCACCAGGACUACAAGCCCUGGAAGGUGCAGCGGCCGGAGCCGAGCUGCAAGCCCAAGGGCGAGUACCAGCUGUCGGACGCGCCCUUCGAGCGGGAGUCGCAGUACCAGAAGGACUUCCGCGCCUGGCCCAUCCCCAAGCGCGGCGACCACCCCUGGAUCCCCAAGCCCCCGUUCGCUGCUGGCCAGAGCUCCCGGGAGCGCUCGGCUAGCCGCGAGAAGAGCAGGAAGGGGCCUGGCCCACCCCAGCCGCCUGACGAGGAGCCGCCCGAGGCCCAGGAGAAGAGCAAGAAGAGGGCGUCUGCGCCCGAGGACGGGGGGCACGGCGGCCUGGACGGCGGCAAGGGCAGGGCAGCUGCCGAUGCCCUCAACCGGCAGAUCAAGGAGGAGGUGAAGGCUGGGGCGGGCAGCUCGUACAGAAAUGAAUUCAGACCUUGGACUGACAUCAAGCCAGUGAAAGCUAUAAGAGCGAAGGUCUCAUACAAGCCCCCCGAGGAGAAAAUGACCCAUGAAACCAGUUACAGCGCUCAGUUCAAGGGGGAGCCUAACAAACCCGUGCCAGCCGAUAAAUUCCUCGAACGCAGAAGGAUACGCAGCCUCUACAGUGAGCCCUACAAAGAAUCUCCAAAGGUGGAGAAGCCUAGCGUUCAGCCUUCCAAACCAAAAAAGACAACAGCAAGCCAUAAACCCCUGAAAAAGGCCAAAGACAAGCAGAUCGCAUCUGGCCGGGCUGCCAAGAAAAAGAGCGCGGAGAGCUCCAGCGGGACAAAGCCAGAGGACAAGGAGAAAAGUAAAGAGAUGAACAAUAAAUUGGCUGAGGCGAAAGAGUAAAUUUCACUGCACUUUUCUUUCUUCUUUUUCCUUCUUUCUUUUAUUAAAUAAAGGCCACAAAAUUAAUUAGAGGCUUCUAAUCUGCUUUUGUUCUGAUUGUAUUAGAAGCUUUCAUGUUUUAUUUCCAAGGAGGAUUAAGACUCCUCCUUUCAGAGGUCAGGUUUUCUGCUUUGCCUGCACGACAUGGAUCUCUGCAGAAGGAGGAGGAGAGGCAGCGGGAGGGUAGGAUGCACAGAGGAUUGUAGGAUUACAAAGAUUUUCAAUUAACUGAGCGUUGCAGAUGUAUUCAAAGGCUUGUCCCUUUCCUGGAGCCUGAUCCUCCAGUGCUUGGAUCAGGUCAAGCUGCCAUCGAUCCUGUUGACACAGGGAACGAGCUACAUUUUGUUCCCGGGACCUGAUCCCAUGAGGCCGAGUGCCUUUUGGGGAUGCUGAGCUCUGGCAACUACCACUCAUGUCAACAGGGUAGGACUGGUGCUUGGCAUCUCACUGGAUCAGGCUUUAUAUGACAUCCCUGGAGUCAGUCUGCUGAAGUCAGUGGAGUGACUUCUAAUUUACCCCACUGUGACUAGGAGCAGUGUUUGUCUUGGAGACGGUGGAAGUGUUGUCCAACUGAUGCAGGAUUAGAUGCUUUGUAAUUCAUGUGUUGGGCCAGAUCUUCAGCCGGUCUAGGUGGAUGGAGCUCCCUUGAAGCCAGAGGAGCCACAUCCGUUUACACCAGCUGGAAAUCUGAUGUCUAGGAGGAUGCAAUGUGAAGUAAGGUGCCGAAGGAGAGUCCAGCUGCUACAAGGAUUUCCUGACAGGGCUUCAGGUCAGAGCAUGUUACCUGCAGAUGGUCCUUCCCCAUCAUUUUCCAGGGUUUGUGUUUUAUUCUUCCUGCUUUGCUUGCUCUGAAUUCUUCCUUUUUUUGCUAGGGGCAAAUGGAUAGUGUGCACCACAAGAGCUAAGAAUAGGUGUUAGGAACAGAUUGGAUUUGCAGAUAUGGCCUUAUUGUGACUAGAAUGGAGCAAGUCACUAUUGUUUGCUAGACUAAUGCUGCAGUCACCGUUGUUUUGAAUAUACCUACCUGUUACAGUUCAUGCUGGCUCGCAUAUGUGCUAACAGAGCCAGUUGUUGGGGGCCAUAAUCUCCAACUUGGACAAACCCCUGAGGUCUCCACUCUGGGUUCACCGUGCCUUUACUCUUUGAACUUGUCCCCCAAUGUCAGGGUGAAUUGGGAGUCAGUCUACACAAAUAGUCCAUUCCCCAGCCUGUGCAAAUUGGCACAGCACCAAUUUAAUGCGAGGAACUGCUUGGAUUUCUACCAGCUGACAGUCAAGACCAGAAUAUAGACCUCAGGAGUUGGUUCUUGGACUCAAGGGGCACAGAAAGAGCUAAGCAGCUUGCUUGAUUGGGCUGAGGUUGACCAGCUUGAGCUGCUGAACUACCUGAUAAUAAACUCAUGGAGCAGGUGCAGGAGUUGAGACUCGUGGGCCUUGGCUAAUCUUUCUCGCCAUAGCUCCAGCGCUCCUAUCCAGCUUGCCAGAUUCACAAAGCCCAGACAGGCGGGGAAGGGGGUUUGCAAGGCAAGAGCUCCAAAACCUCAAUGCAUGAAAGAUGUUCGAGAGAGAAACGUCUUCCUGCUAGACGAUGUUAGGUGCAAGCUGUAGAGGAUGGAGCAGGGCUGGAAGAGGGUGCCGGUUUCAGUUUUUGCAAUCUAAAUCUUGGUAUGUUAGAGCAAUUAAGAUGGGCACCACAGUAGAGGGUUGAGAGGAAGUCUAGGCAAGCCCCCCCCCUCCCCGAGUGAAUUUUCUUGGCCUGAGUAAUGAGUAAAUGCAGAGUUUAGUGUGUUGUGUAAUGUGUCCUGUUUGCCUUGUGAUAAUAACAGCCUGAAGCUUUGAGUAUAAAGUAGGUGUCAUGUUCUGAAUUCAGUGGUGUAUUUCUAAGCUUAGCUGUGUUAGACCUGUUAGUAUGAAAUAGGAUGUGUAUGUGGAAAAUAUAUAUACAUGUAGAUACACACACGCACGUGCACACACACACACACACACACACACACCUCCAGUGUUUUAGAGGACACCAGGGAAAACUUCCGAGAAGUAAAACUGAGGAAAUAUUUGCAAAUGUAAUGCAUUUCUGACAUGCAUGCAUGCAUGCAUGCUUCAUGGAGAACCUCACAGACCUGUUCAUAACAGCCAUUGAAACCUAGGGCUCGGAAACCUCGUGGACAUGACUUACCUACAAACCUCCGAUCUGUUUCUGAGUGCAGAGCAGCUCAGCGCAGGCUGAUGCUGAUCCCGUGAAAGGCAGCGCAGUGAACAGCUCCUCACAUCCAAGUGCCCGUCUCUUAGCUCUUCUAAGAGAACUGAGCUUCCAAGGUGGUGCAGGGUUUCAGCAUCUCGAGAGAUGCCUCCAUUCCCCUUUACACCUCUCAGUAACAUGCCUUCUUAUCUCAGGAUAUAGCACAGCAGCAGCAAGGGCGAUGAAGUGUCAGAGCAGGUAGAAAAAAGCAGCAAAACACAGAGAUGGUUCACGGUAGCCAGAAACACUGGUUUCAACUUACAAGAAGUCCCUGCAGAGAGCAUUAUCAUUCUUUUUGCCCUUAGUUAUAGCAUGCCAAAGUAACGCUCCACGAAAUGCCCAAUCAUCUUGAAGUCAAAUGAGAAUUUUACCAUUGACUUCAGUGGGACCGAGGGUAUGGGUGUAAGAGGCAAAUAUACCAAGGGGGAAAAAAAGAGGACAAGAUUUUAUCGCACUGUGAUAUCUUUUCUGCAGUAAGUGGAAGUUAAACCAUGGUGGCCCUCAGCAAAAGGGAGAGAAGUCAUCACAAUUAGUUUUCACCUACUGCAAGAUAAGGGCAUCCACAUGGAUGACUUCACAGGGCAGGUGAUGUCCGCCCCUUUUUGUGUUGUGGGAAAUUGUCCCAAUGCCCAUACCCCAGCUCCCAUUAACUGGCCAGAUUUGACGUCCAAGGGGCUGCGUGCGCUCUGGUAGUAUUGUGUCCCAACCCAUGCUCUACCCACACCAAACCCAAUGAUACUCCUAUGAGGACUUUCUGGGAUGCCCAUCUCUCCCUGCACUUAAGAUUUCAGUUGCCGACAUGCUUGACAGCACCCACUGGUGACAAUCCUGAAACGUUCCCAUCGGCAUAUUUUUAGGUUUGGAGCAAAUGAGUGACAUCAGGUGGGUGGCACAUGCCUGGGACCAUCCCAGACAAGGCACGCUACUGCCAUAGCAUGCACAUGCCCUCAGUGCAGCAGCUGCAUCCCUACUGGGGGCUCUGUGCAUACAUCCAAGUGCACCGUAUAUCAAUCACAAAGAUUAGUACUAGGAACUAUAGUCAAAUCUGGUUUUAGGAUGAAAUUCUUCAUGAAUAUACCUGCCCCACAAUUAAUCCCCAGCCAACUAUUAGAAAGGAGACAAACACCUUUGCUGGUUCAAGCUCACGUUGAUACAAAGCUUGUCACUUUAAUUCCAAGAGAGGUCUCUGAUGAUGUGCUUGUGUUUCCAGCUACCACAGAGCUGGUUCUGUUUCACUGCAAACUUGUAAUACUGUUUUGCUUUCCAUGUAAAAUAAUAGAAAAAUAAUAGUAAUAUAUAUAUAUAUAUAUAUAUAUAUAUAUGUAUGUAUGUGUGUGUGUGUAUAUAUAUAUAUAUAUAUAUAUAUAUUUAUAUAUAUGUUUGCUUUUUCCCUUGGGAAGAGGUCCUCUGCUUUGACUGCUUGCUUUCUCAUUUUCAUUGUAUUUCUUUGUUGUACUGUUAUUCCCUUUUGCAAGAUGGUGCUAAAUGCGGACUGAGCUGCUUUUUCCAACUGCUUUGCAUAAUCAACCACCUGCUUCCUCAUCUGCAAUGUUUUCUGCUGUAAAUACGUGGUUUCCCCUCUUAACCAGCCCCUCUCCCCCCGCCCCAAGAAUUCGACAUACUCCUGAUGGCAGAUAGGAAGUGUCUAAUUAAUAUUUUGUGGCCUGGGUUUGGUUGCAUAUCACAAAUUGUCUCUUGUAAUGUGUUGAGCACACCACCUCUCGGUGCUAUUUCAUUCUUGCUGUUAGUAUGAGAAUGACAAAAACUAUUAAUGUAUAGCCAAUUGAUUGUGACGUGCUUGUGAUCUUUGCUUGCUCAAAGGGUUUUUUUUUUUCCAAUGAUAAAUAAAUGCUGAAGACGAACACCA